CAGUGCUGUCGGGUGAACGUUGACGGUGUCAAUGAGAUACUUACGCCGGUGUCCUUCCUCAUAUAUUAACCUGUCCGUAGCGCCUUGCCUGCAACUGGUAGGGGAGAUACCACAAAGAACAAAUUAGUAUGGUGAUACCAGCCCUAAGCCCCUCUACCGCCUUUGGCACCCUUCUUUUGGCGCUCUCUGCUCGCAUCCAGGCAUGUACACUGACCCUACCAGACCCAGUCGUCGGUAUUACGUUCGAAACCGAGAUUCCUAUAUCCUGGGCAAACUGUACUGUGAGUUCUACGCGUCGAGCCCAGGGUUGGAAGCAGCAAGGUUCGACUGACCAGCUCUUUGAACCAUAUCUUGUAUGCGUACUUCACUCGGAUUGAUGACAUGUAAUACGUUCAUGUUCUAUGGUGCAGCUGCCCAUUACGAUGCAACUCAGGAAUCAGAGUACGAGUACUGGUGACACGGUGUUGUAUACUUGGACCGUCAGUACGAAUCCCAUCUCCGUGUUGAUAUGGCAGCCCGAAUACAUAUAUGAAACUCUGUACUUCGUUGGAGUAGACCGCGAUGGGGGGAGGGGGGAAACUCCGGCAUAUGUGGUUCAGCCGGGUCAAAUUGUUGGGGAUUGGCUUUCAGUUAGUACCCCGGCUUUGUCGCGGGUCUCUUUGAUCUCAAAGAGCAUUGCUUCAAUCUCGUCCAAGUUCGGAAGCAGUUUGGCAACAUCGUCGGGAACUGUGACCACCGCUGCCACAAGCCGAUCUACUUCCUACCUCCCUUCCAACACAAGCUCCCCAGCCACCAGUGUCCCCACCAGCUCAACUUCGCCCCUUGGAGGUGGCGGCUCUAAUCACACAGCAAUUAUAGCGUCCAGUGCUAUCAUAGGAGUCGUUGCACUCGUUGCAUUCAUAGCUCUCGGUUAUUGGAAAUGGAAGCGAAGGUGUCCACCACCAUAUACCUCUAGUGGAGGCGUGAAGUAUACCCAACCCAAUUCCACGGGCACACUUCAGUGCUUCCAGCCAUGAUGUGCCUCAACGAUUGGGUUUGCAUACAAUUAUGGGCUUCCCUGAAAGCAAUAUGUUGCGACUGACUAGUUUUCGCGUUUCUUCCAAAAUUGUCAUCUAAUAAUGAUCCCGAUGCCUCAGUACUAGGGUUGUAUGUCUGGGGACGGCUAGGCUUCAA